CCGGUGUGGGCACCUGAGCGGUUCGGUGUUUCGUGCGGCUCAUCAGUAUCGCGUUGCGUUGACGUUGCUGAACGCCUCUUUGCUUGAUUGUUAGGCGCUCGAACACCUGCUGUUGCCUUGAGUUCCUCGUUCUGGCUAAUUUGGACGGCGAUGGACGUGCCUUUGGAAUCGUCAUUAGCCUCGCAAGAAAUUACCGCUGCGGACGACAUUUACGCGGCCAAAACAACGUAACUAACCUCAAGUCUGCUUCGAGCGUAUAAGUUGUUUCGGACGCAUCAAGGAGAGUACAGAUGGCAAUGGAGAUUGUCGUGACUCCAGCCGAAGAAGCGCCCCUGACAGAGGAGGAGAGUCGACACUCCUCGGACAGCUGCUCACCGCCGCCGCAGAUCAUGUGCAGCAACCAUAGUUACAUGGGCGUUCACUCUGGCGCCUUCCUGGACAUGCACAGCACCAUGGAAGUCUCCACGUCGGUGGUGCUCAGCUUCUGUCGGGAGAACGUGCUCCGCCACUACUUCCGACUCCUCUCCAUGGUCGGCUGGCGGCCCCUGGUGGACGCCAGCGAGCACGAGCGCUGCCAGCCUGCGCUGCAGACGCUCAACAUAAUGUAUAACGUGGUCGUCUUUGUCGUGCUCGUGAUGGGACACCUGCUGCAGUACGCGUCCUGCUUCCGCAGGGACGGCAUCGUCAACUACCGAUCACCGGCGCUCCACUUCCACACCCUCAAACACUACGGCUGGGUCGAAGGAACUGACGCGACAUGUGGAGGCAGCUGGUUCGCCGUGUACGUCCUACCCGCGACAAUGCAGGUCUCUGCGUACGUAGUCGCCUUCGUGCAUAUGCGCUCGCACGAGAACGAGCAGUUCCAGGCGCUCGUGGAAAAGGUGUUCCUGCAGCUGACCGCCACCGGCGUCUGGAAUGCCGCCAGGAAGCGCAUAACGCGCCGUCUCCAUGCGGUCUACGCCGCCGGAGUGCUCUGGAUCGUCGCCUCGGUGGCGUCGCAGGUGCUCAACAUCUACGCCGGUGGCACGCUUAACUUCGAGUGGAUCUACGUCUCCGAGGGCGACGAGGACGUGCACUACUUCCUCCUCGUGGCGCUCGUGGUGAUGCUCAUGUUCCACGACGUCGUGGGCAUGACCAUCGCCACAAGCUACGCCAUCCAUUGCCAGCUAGUGCUCGUCUAUCUGCAGAACAUGUCUCAGGCCGUGCGCGAGAGGCGGAUGACGUUCCUCGAGUUCUACCGCGGCGUCGGGGAGGCCCGCAAGAGCGUCCGGUAUCUCAACAAGACGCAAGCGCUCGGGGUGACGGUGCAGACGACGUGGGUAGCCUCUAGGACGGUGGUCUGCUUCUACGCCCUGCUAGGCACGCCGUGGAUGCAGUGGCAGCGUUUCGUGGCCGCCUGGCUCAACGUCGCCGUCUGGUUCUCGCUCCUGCUCAUUCCCCUGGUGCAGGCAAGUCGGCUCAGCUCUGUAUGCAACCACGUCAGGGAAGUUGGGCUGGAGCUGCUGGCGCGCCCUUUCGGCUACGCCAAUGAGCCGCAGUCGGACCUGGACACGUUCCUCCUCUUCACGUCGUCCCUGAGGAUGCAGGCCAAGCUCUGCGCCCUGCCCGUAACAAAGCGCACGGUCGUAUUCGUGUUCCUGUUUAUAGGACUCAGCUUGUUCAUAUCCGUGCAGCUUGACAUCGUUCAUUUUAGGCCUUAGGCGAUGCUUCGGAGACUUGUGCUACAGCGUGUUAACUUAAAGAAUUUUCUUUGUUCGUCUUUCUGUUCUUUUUUACAAUUUGCAUGUGCUUAAAAGGAGCUUAACGCUUUGCAACUUCCCCUAAGAAACUUGUACAAAAGCCGCUGCAAACAAAAUUUCCAUAGCGAGCUGUCCGAUUUGAAUGUUACUAAAGAUGCGCAGCGUUUAGUUCCCAAUCCAGUUUACUGUGCUGUUUCUGUUAGCGCACAACCAGUAUCUCAUCCCGUGCACGGUCGUCGGUAAAAGAGAUUAUCACAGGUGGCUAGCAGCUGUAGUGGCAAAGUUCCCGUAAGAGGCGCUAUGUUUAAGAAACCAUCGACAGCGAGAGUUCAGGGCAGCACUGCUCGGAAAAUAUAUGUAAUGGCCCAUUUUCACUCACAAAUAUAAAGGAAUGACGCAGAAUGCCUUGUUAGAAUGCCUCGGCGAAAGGACAAAAAAGAAUUGCAAGCGGAUAAUGACUCUCUCAAAGAACACAAGAUUGAAGAGAACAUUGCCAUCGGUGUGCUCCUAAAACCAUAAAGCUGUCGUCAUGAGCUGGUAUCGUCAUGAGCUGGUAUCUUCCCACUUCGGCCACCGGUCAUUUGUGCUACUAAUUGUUUUUCAAGAACUGUACCUAUUUUAUCGUGAACAUUUUAUUUCUGUGAACAUCUAUUGGUUUUAUCAGAUUAAAUGCAUUUCAAGUCCAGGAA